AUGGCUCUUGUUUGGAAGCCUAUCCUCCUCAUUGCUAUUAUCAGUUUGUUGGAUCCGUACGGAGGCCUGUCAUUUGUUGGUGCCAAGGUUUAUAUGGUAGUGAUGGAGGAUGACCCCGUGAUCUCAUACAAAGAAAGUCAAAAUAGCAUGAUGAGUGGUGACGAAGCUCAGAAGUAUAAGGAGAAGGUGAUCAGUAGGCAUGACAUAUUCCUAGAGUCCCUCCUCCCAACAGGGUCCUAUACAAAACUCUACAGCUACACCCACCUGCUCAAUGGCUUUGCGCUCCAUACAGCAUCCGAAGAGGCUGUUGAAAUUCUUAGUAAUGCUAGGGGAGUUCGACUCAUGCACGAGGACAUGAAGAUGGUGAAGAUGACCACCCAUACUCCAGAUUACAUUGGGAUCUCAGCAGGAGUUUGGCCGCAUUUAGGUGGUGCUGAGAGGUCCGGUGAUGGGAUAGUGAUCGGCAUGAUAGACACCGGAAUCAAUCCCGAUCACCCCAGCUUUGCCAACCUUAGGCCUCAGCCAGCUUCCAACCUUACAAGGUUCAAAGGGAGAUGUGAAGUAGGAGAUGAAUUUCCUCUGGCAGCCUGCAAUGGGAAGAUUGUUGGUGCACAACACUUCGCACGUGCGGCAAUUGCAGCAGGUGAUUUCAAUGCUACGCGUGAUUAUGCUUCUCCAUUUGAUGCUGAUGGCCAUGGCAGCCAUACUUCCUCUAUUGCUGCUGGAAACUACCGAAUUGCGGUGCUCUCCAAAGGCUAUAACUAUGGAUAUGCAAGCGGCAUGGCCCCUGGUGCUCGGAUUGCUGCAUACAAAGCAGUCUAUUCUUUUGGUGGCUAUAUGUCAGAUGUGGUAGCUGCAGUUGACAAGGCAGUGGAAGAUGGCGUUGAUAUUCUGAGUCUUUCGAUUGGACCAUCAGCUGUUCCACCAGGGCCUGCUGCUUUCCUCAACAUACUAGAGGUGGAGCUGCUGUUUGCCGCAAAAGCUGGGGUCUCGGUCAUUCAGGCCGUAGGCAAUGGGGGUCCUGCUUCGAGCUCGAUCCUCUCCUUCAGCCCAUGGGUCACCAGUGUCGCCGCCUCGACAACUGACCGCAAGUAUAACAACUCAAUCAUACUCGGCACCGGCCAGUCCUUACCUGGCACCGGCCUUUCACCUGCAACAAUGGAGAAAGAAUUCUUCCCCAUAGCAGCAGCAGAGGAUGUGUGCAGCAGGAACACAAGCUUUCUAGUAGUCCAAAACUGCCAGCACCCAGAUCCCUUCAUUCCAGAAUUGGUUCGGGGGAAGCUGAUCGUUUGCACAUACAUAAGUGAAUUCAUUUAUGCACCCACAAGUAUUGAAGCCAUUGCUAGCACCAUCCAGGAGAUAGGGGCCGUCGGAUUCAUAAUCACGAUGGACCGCAGCUAUGAUUCUGAGCCUCCAGUGGAUAGCACAUCGACCCUGUCAGUCCCUGGGAUUGUGCUUAGCAGCAGAGAAGCAUCGCAGGCUCUGUGGGAAUACUAUGACUCCAACACUGUUCGAGGAAUCAACGGAGGUGUGGCUCAUUUUGGAGCAACAGGCAGGAUUUUAGACGGGCGGCGUGCCAUCUAUACCGGCCAGGGGCCUGCCAUCGCGUCCUACUCAUCCAGAGGACCUGAUGUAAACAAUGCCCUCAUGGAAACAGCCGACGUCCUAAAACCCAACAUCAUGGCCCCAGGCUCUGCCAUUUGGGCUGCUUGGAGUCCCAAGAGCGAUAACAAUCAAAAUGCCAUCGGCCAAGAAUUUGCACUCCAAUCAGGCACAAGCAUGGCUACUCCACAUGUAGCUGGGGUCGCCGCCCUGAUCAAGCAGAAGCACCCCAACUGGAGCCCUGCUGCCAUCACAUCCGCUAUGAUGACGUCCGCCGACGUGACCGACCGCUCCGGCAGCCCCAUGCGAUCCCAAGGGAACGAGGUGGCGACCGCAACUCCAUUUGAUUAUGGAGCCGGCGCCAUCAACGCAGCUCGAGCCAUCGAUCCAGGCCUGAUCUUGGAUAUCGCCUUCAAGAACUACAUCCAGUUCUUAUGUGCAGUUCCUGGGGUUGACGAUGAGUCCGUGAGGCGAGCGGUGGGCCUCGGAUGCCCCGCAGCCAGAAGCGAGUGGUGCUCGGACCUGAACACACCGAGCGUGACGGUGGCCAACUUGGUUGGUUCGAGGACGGUGGUCCGCAGGGUGACGAGCGUGGCUGGUUUUGAGGAGACGUAUCAGGUGGCUGUGAAGGAUGAACCGGCCGGGGUGGAGGUGGCUGUCAGACCUCAGGAGUUUACCAUCGGUCCGAACGAGUCCAGGAAUAUAAAGAUCAUGCUUAAGGCUAGGGAGGCCACAAAUGCCUACGCUUUUGGGGAGUUGGUGUUGAAUGGGGAUAGGAAGCAUGUUGUUAGGAUUCCCCUGGCCAUCUUUGUGAGCAGUACGUUGAGAUCAUGAACUACUACUACAUUCAGUACUCCCCUGGUUAUAAUUGUUGACAGUACCUUGAAGUCAUGAACUAUAGUUUGUGUGGGUGUACCAAGAAUAAUUAGAUCUCAUAAUAAUUCUUUCAGA